AUUACAUCUGACAAUGGCGAGGUGAAACAAAUCGAUAAAUCGCGGCAUGUCAACGGAUACAAAUCGCCAGACCUCUCGGAAGGCGAUGCUUGAAACCGGCAGGAGAUCCGCCAUAAGUACAUCCGAGCUAGGGCUUUAUUCUGACCGCGGUGAUCGUUAUAACAGGAAUCGCUACGGUUUAAUUGUGAGAAAACUUGCGAUCGGAGUUAUGGUGGUGGUAACGGUGAUAUUGGUGGCGAUAUUUAUGUACGAUUUUACAUCCACCACAUCGGGGAAUAGUAAAAUCAAUCAGGAAACAAAACACAUAUAUAUACUACAGAAUGCUCUCAAGAAAUCACCGAAUCUCUCGAAAAAACCCACGAAUACCACGAUCCUGUACGAAACCACGAUUAAUCGUACAGACGAUCUUUCCAUGGAAGAUCGUUCGGACGAUGAGAACUACGAAAGUUUCAUGCAACGAAAUACAACGAGCAAUUUAAUGCCGAUCGAGACACGCAUCGCGAACGAGCCCGAAAUGAGAGCGCAGAAUCUGCACAAUUUCAAGCAGCGAAAGAGAGUGCUGAAGUCCGUGGGAGAUGCUAAUGAAAAUGAGGAAUUCGAUACCAAGCCAUUGUUCGACAAUCAUUCGAUCAUUUAUCGUGUGAGACAGAGGCACAAAUAUGCGGAUACGGACGAGGACGUGAGCACGGAGGAUACACGGCCUACGCCGUUUCACUGGGAAUUCAAGACACCGCAUCCGUCAUCGUUUAAACGGCCAAGAUAUCCACAGCUGUCGCAAUAUCGAUACCCGCACUCGUCCAGGAGCAUUCAGGACAUCAUCAAGUAUCUGACAAACAGAGGUGAGAUUCCGAAUCGCGGCAUCAAGUUCACCGGCGUCUACGUGAAUCCGAAGAAGUACGAUCUAAUCCCCGACAUGGGCGAGAUGAUGUCCAGUAGCGAUAAAUCCGAGGAACAUGAGAUGUCCCCCUAUCCGAUCAAAUCGGGGUCGUAUAGUAACGAUCCCUUUUACCAGUACAAACCGAAACACCCGGCGGACGUAAAUCUCCUAGCCACGUCUAACGUGAGAUUCUCUCCGAGCGGGAUACACCGAUACAGCCCUUAUUACGAUCCCGUAUAUUCUCGACCUUUAAUCAAUUACAACAAACCGAUCAUAACGGAACCGCAAUACGAAAGCGUCGGCUCGUACUCGAUGAACACCGUAACGAAAAGCCGGAAACCGAAGCCGUUCAGCGUAAUGCUCGACAUUUAUCCUAUUACCGAUAUCAUGGAGCAGAAUAAGAAGACGACGUGGCCUAGGCCUCAAGCAUCCACGGACGAUUACGAUAUCAGAAGGCCCAUCCAAUAUCGUGGACAAAAAUUUUAUGGGCCAUCCCCGCAACCUAUACCCAUUAUAGCUGUACCUAGUCCUACGACUGUAUCGGAAGAAGAGGAGAGAAAGCAAAUGAUUCUUCAUCUAAACUUGUAUCCUCGGAAAAAGAAUAAGUUCAACAGAAACGAUAUCAUACAUAAAUCGGCAUCGAUGAAACCCGCAGAGCAGCAGGAAUUUGCAAAGAAGAUAAUGUCUCCCUUGGAAUCGAUCACCAAACAUUUGACUGAUCAUUCCGCGAUCGAGGAGUCGAAGUUGGAGGAGAAUCAAAACUCAGAGACAACCAGUCUUCCGAUAACGCGAUAUCACGAGAUGAGUUUGGACGAUAAAAACGAGAAAGAGGGAGAUCUUCUAUUGGAUAAUGAUUCAGAAACUUAUUCGGAUCUGGUUAACGGCGAUGGUACCGUAGGAGAUGCUACCGUGCCUUCCAAUCAUAAAUUAGGCAUCGACGAGGAUUAUGCCAGCACGGAAAAGUAUGAUAUUAAUGCGCAAAAAAUGAUUGUGACCACGGAGAAAGAUAGCGCGAAUUGCGACAACACAACGAUGAUCGACAGUCCGGAGGCCAACACGAACAAAAGCAUCGAUCUUUCGAAGGAUAUCGAUAUCUUCGAAGGAUCUCAACGUUUCAGCCUCUUCCGCUGA